UCAGUUCCCGAGCGUUGAUAAUGAAUGCAAUACUCGAGAAUGAAUUCAUGAAGAACUUAGAGGAAGCGAAGAUUAAAGAGAUAACAGAUUGCAUGUAUCCGACGGAGUACUCAAAAGAUCGCUAUAUUAUCACCGAAGGAGAGGUCGGAUCCAUUGUGUUCGUCAUGGAAGAGGGCAGCGUUGAAGUGACCAAAGGGGGCAAGUUUUUGUCCAAAAUGGGCCCUGGUAAAGUGUUUGGCGAGUUAGCUAUACUCUACAACUGUACCCGAACCGCAACAGUCAAAGCGCUAACUGACUGUAAGCUAUGGGCGAUAGAGAGACAAUGUUUCAAAGCAAUUAUGGUUAAGACGGGUCUCAUCAGACAGAAAGAGUACAUGGAUUUCCUGAAGACUGUUCCCAUGUUAAACAAGUUGGGCGACGAGACUAUCGCUAAAAUAGUCGACGUUCUCGAAGAGACGACUUACCAAAAGGGAGAUUAUAUCAUAAGACAAGGCGGUCGCGGCGACACCUUCUUUAUUAUCAAUAGGGGAACCGUUAAAGUGACUCUUAAAGAGGUUGUGUCGCAAACAGAUAACGGCGAUGGAAUGGAUUUUAGUGUUCCCGAGAAAGUGAUUCGAUGCCUAAAUCGGGGCGAUUUUUUCGGCGAACGAGCCCUACAGGGAGACGACAUCCGCACCGCUAACAUAAUCGCCGAAUCAGACACUGGUGUCAGUUGUCUUGUCAUCGAUAGAGAAUCAUUUAAUCAAUUGAUUAGUAAUUUAGACGAUAUUAAGAUUAAACGAUACGAAGAGGACGUAAUGGAAAGACGAAAAUUGAACGAACAAUACGCUAGCAUUGUAUUAAGUGACUUGAGAAAAGUGGCCACUCUUGGAGUGGGAGGUUUCGGACGCGUAGAGUUGGUUACGUUAUCCAGAGAUCAAACCAAAAGUUUUGCGUUAAAAGUGAUGAAAAAGGCUCAGAUUGUGGAAACACGACAACAACAGCACAUUUUAAGCGAAAAGCAAAUUAUGAUGGAAUCUAACUGUGAAUUCAUUGUGAAAUUGUACAAAACGUUCAAAGAUGCCAAAUAUUUAUAUAUGUUAUUGGAGUCAUGUCUGGGCGGAGAGCUGUGGACUAUACUCAGAGAUCGGGGACAUUUCGAUGAGACCACCACUCGUUUCUAUGUCUCGUGUGUUAUCGAAGCGUUUGAUUACUUACACUCGCGAAACAUCAUUUACCGGGACUUAAAGCCCGAGAAUAUGCUUUUGGAUCAGUUUGGGUUCGCAAAGCUCACAGACUUUGGAUUCGCUAAACGUCUGUUACCGCCCGGGCGUAAGACUUGGACUUUCUGUGGAACGUAUGUUUAC